AAUCGCAGUGGCCACCGGCAACAACAGCAACAGUAGCAGCCGGUGGUGGUGAGUGGGCCACGGUCGCAGAACUUCAAGCGCUCCCGGUCCCUGUCCCCGGUAACGAUGGCUGUGACGCUGCGGCAGGAGGUUAACCUUUCUCGACGUGCCUGUAGGAGGGUGGUUCCGAGUGGGACCAACGGGGCCAACGAACCGAGCGUGGUGCCGGCCCCGCUGGUGGGUGCUAAUAAUUUUGGCCACCCAACCGCAGACGCCCCAGUCGGAACAAUGGGCCCGAAAGUGGCACGGUGUCACCCGGUGACCUGCGGUGGUGGUGACCGCAGAAGUGUUACGCCGACGAGUGGCAGUGUUGUGGCACAGUUCCUGGCGGAGGCGGGUCAAGUGCUGUCGACGCGCACGAGGGCCACCGGCCCCCUGCUCCUCGGCAAACUCUGUACAUACGUAGUGCUCUGCAGUUUCCUGCUGUCCCACAAUGCCUUCGUUCUAGCUAGGCCCAAUCUGAGUGCAGCGGCCAGCAGUAGUAGCGACGAGAAGGUGUCCGUCGGUCAAUUAUCGCCUCUGGAGCUGGCGUUCGACGCCGGAUCGUUGGCGGGCGCGAGUCAAUUCAAACGUUCCGCCGAAGCGGCUCCGAUUAUUGCUUCGACUGUGCCGUCCGAUGGCGGCCACGGCGGUGAGCUGGAUCCGCAUGCCGAUGGCGAGGGCGGCGGAGAACACAUGGUCGAGCGGUACCCGGUGUCGCAGGUGGACUUUUCGCGCGUCGAAACACCGUUCGUGAUCGGCGUCUGGAUACUGUCGGCCAGCAUUGCGAAGAUCGGUUUCCACAUGACGCCCAAGCUGAGCCGCAUGUUCCCCGAGUCCUGCCUGCUGAUCGUGGUCGGCGUGAUCAUCGGAGUGUUGCUGCGGUACGCCACGAACCUGCACGUGUCGCCGCUCACGCCGAGCACGUUCUUCUUCUACAUGCUGCCGCCGAUCAUCCUGGACGCCGGCUACUUCAUGCCGAAUCGGAUGUUCUUCGACAACAUCGGCACCAUCCUGCUGAUGGCGGUGGUCGGGACGAUAUUCAACAUCGGCACCAUCGGUGGCUCGCUGUGGGCCUGCGGCCAGACCGGCAUCUUCGGGGUCGACCUGCCGUUCCUGCACAUCUUCCUCUUCUCCUCGCUGGUCGCAGCCGUCGACCCGGUCGCGGUGCUGGCCGUGUUCGAGGAGAUCCACGUCAACGAGGUGCUCUACAUCGUCGUGUUCGGCGAGUCGCUGCUCAACGACGCGGUCACGGUCGUCAUGUACCACAUGUUCGAGGUGUACAACGAAAUCGGUGCCAGCGAAAUAAUAGCCGUCGACAUCGUGUCCGGCAUCGCGUCGUUCUUCGUCGUUGCGCUCGGCGGAACCAUCAUCGGUAAGUUCCCGGUCGCCAACGAGCACCACGCCACCUCACUAACUGGACCUCCCGCAGGUGUCAUCUGGGGCUUCCUGACCGGUCUGGUGACCCGCUUCACCGAUCACGUGCGUGUCAUCGAACCCAUCUUCAUCUUCGUGAUGGCUUAUCUGGCCUACAUGACCGCGGAAAUUUUCCACAUGAGUGGAAUCUUGGCCAUCACCUUCUGUGGCAUUACGAUGAAGAACUACGUGGAGCAGAACGUGUCGCACAAGUCGCACACCACCAUCAAGUACGCGCUCAAGAUGCUGUCGUCGUCCGCGGAGACGAUCAUCUUCAUGUUUCUCGGCGUGGCCACCGUCAACAAUGUGCACGUGUGGAACACCUGGUUCGUGCUGCUGACAAUAAUCUUCUGUUCGGUGUAUAGAAUUUUGGGUGUGUUGAUUCUGUCAGCGUUAGCGAAUCGUUUUAGGAUACACAAGCUUACCAAAGUAGAUCAAUUUGUUAUGUCUUACGGAGGCCUUCGAGGAGCGGUAGCGUUCGCUCUGGUGCUGCUGGUCGACGUCCAUCACAUCCCGCUGCAGCCCAUGUUCCUCACGACGACUAUCGCCGUCAUCUACUUUACGGUGUUCCUGCAGGGCAUCACCAUCAAGCCGCUAGUCAAGAUCCUGAACGUGAAGCGGUCGAGCAAGCGCAAACCGACAAUGAACGAGCGCAUUCACGAAAGGUUUAUGGAUCACAUGAUGGCCGGUAUCGAGGACAUUGUCGGCAAGACGGGCAACUACAACAUACGCGACAAGUUUAAGAGAUUCGACAAUAGGUUCAUUCGUCCAUAUUUAAUCAAGAACUUACAGGGUCCGGAACCGAAGAUCCUGGAAACCUACUCUAAGCUAACGAUGCGCGACGCCAUGGACUACAUGCGGCGCAACCCAUCCACCAUCGGACAAAUGUCUGGAACUGAAUCAAUGAGUGCAUUAUUUAGAAACUACACGUCCUACUUUGGCGGCAGGUGCGGCGCCACGAUGCUCGGCACAUGCCCUAGUUUUACGAAUCUGGAAAAUUCCACCCGUAACCUGGACAUGCAAGAGCUGGACUACAAUCCAUCGAAGAAAGACUUGACCGACGCCAGGAUACACCACUUGCUGUCGGAAGAGCUGAAACCGUACCGCCGGGCUUCACUGCAUACGGCUCGAAGACUAAGCUACAGUCGUCACGCCGUUGACGAUCGGGAUCUAUCGACACAGGUCAACUACAAAAUGCAAAUGAACAUUCGCCGCAUGAUCAGCGAAAAGAAGCACCACAAGCGAAGCAAACGGGUUAAGGAUGGCAAACAGCAGAACCACGUCUCGUUCCCGGAGUUCGCGCAGAACGGGUCCGCGAAACAGUUUGCGAACGACUACAUCAACGAGGUGCUGCACGAGGGCAACGAGGACGAAGAAGUGCAGGCCGGCCCGGCCGAGGACUGGGACGGAGGUGGCCUUACCUUUACCGCCAAGUCGUCGCUAGACGAAAAGGGUGCCGAACGGGAAGACAAGCGAUUCUCACGCGAUUCGCGAAUACUGGAUUCCGAACAGCGUGUCGCCACGCCGACCGCCAUCGAGGCCGUGCUGCCGUGGAAGCGUGUCGACGAGAACGACGAUAAUGGUGCUAUCAAACAGAACGAGUUCCCGUCGUGGGCCUCCAACAAGGAGUAUCUAGCUUAUAAUUCACCAAGUGCAACGUUUUUGGGUGGCUUGACGCAACCUAAACAGGCUAAGUCCGUAAUAGGUCUGUUCCGGCGCGAGAGUUCCGGUUCCGGCGGGGUCGUCAUCGGCGGCGUCACCGACUCCGAGACGUCGACGCCGGUGGCCGCGACGACGCCGGUCGGCCACCGGGUGAUGGUGGUGCCGAAGGACAAGCGGUCCGCCUCGAUCGCCGGCUACAUCACGCUCGACGGCGGCGACCCGGCCACGACCCAGCAGAUGGUGGACCCGCUCGGGAUUAGCCGGGCCGUGCCGCAUGCCAACGCGUUCCCGGUGACCGCCAGCCAUCGGCGCAACAACCGCCGCGGAUCGAUGCUGGAGCUGAGCGGACUGCUAGUGACCGGACGGCGGCCAAGCCGUUUCGCCCUGGAGCCCUUCCCUGCUCCGCCGCUCGAGGUAGACGACGAGAAGCCGGAGCAGUCGAAGUGAGCGGGUGGAGGGUGGAACUGAAGGGAACCGACCGAACAGACCGAGAAGUAGUAGCGAGCACCUAACCCAGCGCGUCCUAAAUCCCCAAACAUCCCCUAAAUCCAUUCCGGGAGUAGUACCCGUCCCAGAUCCGGGCCCUGGCAACGCCACUCCUUCCGCCACGUGUAGGAACUGAACAUACCGAACUUUGGUGCAUGCAUGCGCGAUCGCUUCCGACAAGACGAGACCUUCCCCGCGGGGGACGACGACGGCCACCUCCCGAAACACGGAGACAGUGCGCACGACUUCACCUCUACCGAACACCUCUAGAGGGGCUCCCGGCGAUGGCGGUAGCGUACUGUCAGGACAGGACUCCGUCGGGUGUGGAUAGCUAGUAGCUAGUGUGUCUGCGCAUGUUGCAUGUUGUCGUACUAUUUUAAAGCCGUAUGUGUAGUAGGUGCAUAAACCCUGUGUUUCCGAGCUGUAAACCUCCUAAGAAGUUGUAGCUAACUCUCGGUCGGCAGGGGUGUGAACGAAUUUAUUUUACUUUUGCGUUGCAAACCCUAACCUAAGGUAACCCUAACAACAAGGUAGGUUUGCGAAUGAAUACCCCCUAGCGUAAGAGUAGAUCCUAAAGUAGCAUAGCAUAGCACUAGUCCGUAAGGAUUCGUAGUGUAAAGUAGCUUAACCGGGCUUUUGUAGGUCAACCAACCAAUCGCCACACUUCGUCACGGUACGUUCCUCGUAGCGCUAGUCUUAGAAGCGUAACGGACGAUGCCAAGCAUCCGGUCCUGCAGCAGCAACACGAGUCUAGUCUAGUUUAUCUAAUCCACCAACUUCAACCUGUCCCCCUAUCGGUAGUCAGUAGCCAGUAUCUAGCCUACAGUAUGUCUACAUACUCUGCCUCUUUAUUAAACGCCCCAACACGCCGUAACCGGGCCGGCGACCAGACCGUUUCGGUUCUGGCCACUGCAGACUCUAAAUACAUAUGUGCCUUUUUUCCGUUUCUCUUCCUUCACCGAACAGGUACAAUACGACCGAGUUUGACUUUAGUCUUGUGUCCCAUCGUCGUUUGUCGAUGAAAUGCUGGUAUUUAACAUGAAUUUCCCAUUUUUGAACCGUUUCUGUUACCGUUGCCCGUUUAGAGUUUCAUCCUUCUUUCUGCAACCUCACCAGCUACACCACCACCACUAGACUCAGUUUAACCACCACAGUCACAGUCACAAACCUACUAAUACUACUACCACACUACUGCGCGGCAACACCGUUCGGUCUGGCAAAGAUCCGAUCAACGUUUUCCAUCUAGUACUUUGUGCUUGCAGUUGCGCCUGAAUCCUCGCUCUAGUGUGACGAUCUAUCUCUUUCUCACUUUCUCGGAACGUGUAACAGUUGUUGCGUCAGAGCGCCCCUUCCGGUAGCUUGGCGCGUGGCUAGUUUAAAUAGAAGCUUGUUGAUUCCUUAAAUUUCCUUCAAAGACCCAAACACAACACCGACCCAUCUUCAUCGAAACAAAAUUGUUUUGAUCAAACUAGAAACGAUCGCCCUGGCUCGACAGAAACGAGACGUUGGCGAGCCUCAUGAUAGUCCUUUUUUCAAAAAGUCUCCUUCCGGUGAGCGGUCGUAAAAUUUCUGCCCCAAAAACGUGGCUUACCCUGAAGUACUUAACAUUCCGGAGGAGGUCAGCAGGGUUCGGUUUGGUUUCGUCCCCCUUUUCCUUGCCAGCUGAUGGAUGAAUUGUCCUUUCGAGCGGUUCUUCCAUCAUCGGGACCCUGUCUACCUAUUGGCGAUCGGAAUCGAAUCGUAUUAAUCUUAAUCUGUUUCUCUAAUAUCCCGUAAACGACCUGAUUCGGUAACUAUCCGUAGACAUUCUAAUCGGAAGCAUGCAUUUCACACCACUGGGUCCGACUGUAGUGGCUAACACUGGCCUUUCGCUUUUAUCUUAUUUAUGUAGCAUGUAGUAUUCUAGCCAUUCCUUGCGUAGUAAUAUCUUAUCGCUUCUCUUGUCCCGGCAAAACAAAGAGGCAACUGAAUCCUAUUGCUGGUAGAGAGCAGUAUAUAGUGUACCACGUAGUGAGGUAGUUGAACCGUAAACAUAUGAACAUAGUAGAACGGUGCUGUAUUUCGUAGAUGGUUGGUUUAGUUUAAGGUAGCUCGUAAGUAUGGCUGGAAUGCCCAAAAGCGCUCCUCAACAGCGUGGUAGUCGCGUAGCAAGUAGCAAUGAUAGAGCGUGCUAUUUACAUUCCUAGUAUUAUUAUUUACCCAUCACAGUGCCCCGAUAUACCAAAUAUACCGACCCGUAUCGAU